AUGAGUGGAAAUAAGAGCAACUUCAAUACUAAGAUUGCGGAGGACGAGAACGUCGAUUCUGGUUUUCUAUCUGGACCUAUAGACGUGUUACCUGGUGAUGAGGAGUCGGAGCCCGUGCCCGAGCCUGCUAGUGAGGAUAAGAAAGUGAAAAGUGUGAGUGCCGUGCAGCCAAGCGAUAGCGAGUACGACAGUGGUAUUGUGUGCAUAUCGGAGCUGGUGUCGAGCGUGCAGCUCACUGACACACAGACCCCACACAUCGCCGUAUCACCUCCUGAACAGAAGAAUAUCCCACCAAUCACCUUAUUCUUCACGCCGGACGAACAGGGAGAUACACAAUUACACAUAGCGGCAGUGCACGGGUGCGUAAAAUCAGUAGCAACACUCAUAAGAAUAUGUCCGAACAAGAUGUUUUUGGACUUGGCCAACGACGAUGGCCACACAGCGCUGCACCUCGCUGUGAUGAGUGGAAAUGCGGUGGUCACCAGGAUGCUAGUGCACGCGGGACUCUCGAUCGAAGCGAGAGACAGGCUAGGAGAAACAGCUCUACAUAAAGCGUCAACAAAAGGAAAUGUGGAAUGCCUACAAGCGUUACUUGCGCCUGUGCCUGAAUUUCCAUCGAGGAAGCUAACUACAGUACUGAAUCAAAAGAAUUAUAAUGGACAAGCGUGCGUACACCUAGCCACAUCAGCAGGCCACCUCGUCGCGCUACAGACCCUAGUGUUCUACGGAGCCGAUAUCAAAGCAAAGGAAAACUUAGCGGGAUGGACAGCGCUGCACAUUGCUGCGCGACGUGGUGAUGUCCGUAUCGUGAAGUACCUGCGGGAACGGUACGGAGACGAGGUGACUCUAGCGCGUGACUACGCACAGCGGACGCCGCGCCGCCUCGCUAAGAAAACUCCUGCCGCUAGCGAGUUCAACAAAGUCGCCGAAGACAGCGACUCAGACUCCAGCUCUGACGAUGAUAUGUACGACAGCGACAACGAGAGCCUGUACGAGAAGCUAGUGCGGGAUACAUGCGGGAACACGGUGAAGGGGUACUGA